CAAUAAAAUAUAAGGUGAACCCUGAGAUAACCACCUAUUGUCUAACUAAACACUGAAAGGACACAAGGCGGUGAGCGACGACUCCGGGAUAGGAGCACUACCUAUCGGUGGACAUGGACAUUAUAAAAGGCACUAAACAGCUUCAGAUAGAUGACCAUAUACAAGAUCCAGCAGAACAAAGGAAAUUUGGAAUAUUUAAAAAUGAACACAGAGAAGAAUUCAUGGACGCAUUUAAUUUUUUUGACAAAAAUCAAGAUGGCCGGAUCUGUAUUGACGAGCUUGGAAAAGUUAUGCAAGCGUGCGGACAAAACCCAACCCACGAAGACGUUAUGGAAGCAAUGAUAAAGUUCGACCGAAAUAAGGAUGGAAAGGUGGAAUUCGAUGAGUUUGUUUUAGUUAUGUUUAAAAUAUAUCAAAACCCAGUGCUGAUGAGUAAUUCGUUAAGAGAAGCAUUUAAAGUGUUUGACAAAGACAGUAACGGGCUGAUAGAUGCCUCAGAAUUCAGAAAUAUUGUAACAAAUCUUGGCGGGGAUCCUUUACACGAGAAAGAAAUAGCUGAAAUGAUGGCCGUGGCCGAUACAAAUAGAGAUGGAAAAAUUGAUUAUAAUGAAUUCUGUGGCAUAUUAGAGAAACAAUAGAGCCACAAUGAUGCCAGUUUUCACCAUAAGAGAAUCUCCAUACCAAUGUUGACCUGCGAACCAGAAUGUUUUCCCAUUACGAUUUUGGAAUCAUGCUUAACUUCUAUGGCUCUUGUUGACUAUUACCUGACAAACGUGUUACUUUAAUGGCGACAAGACCCUCCGGUGAUCGCGAAACAAGUUGCGAAAUGAAUUAAUAAGUAUACAGAACAAUUGCCUUGGGUUACCAUGUUUCAGCGUACGCAUUACCCGAAACAUUUAAAUACAGAAGAUCAGGUAUCUGUCCUUUGGAACAUUGUGUGACGAUCUAGUCAGUGUUAUCCCGGGUCAUAGAACAGCAAAGUCGGGUAUCCGUCCAAAGGAACUUAGAAAAUGUUAUCCCGAACUGCAAUUGUUAAAUACUUCUUCCAUAGGGCUAACAUGUGAUGACUAAGGUAUUAGCAUCCUCGAUACUCCAGGGGUUACGCUUACUUACGCUUUCUGCACUCCUGGAAUAUGUCAUCCAAAAAUUGAAGGCUUAUGACUAGCGUUUUGAUUCGUCUCAGGUAGAAAACCCUAACAUAUAGCUGACAGAUACCUGCUCUGUCGAUUACAGAGGACCGACACCUGACUUCAAAGCCAGUCAAUUUUACCGAUACACGACAGCGAUAUUUUUUUGGUGUUACGUCAAAGGAUCAAACUAGUCUUCACGUCUUAUCAAAAAGGAAACGCACACUGAGCCUUCGAUUUUGUCAUGACAUAUUCCAGUGGUGUAGAGAGCGUAAGUGAGUGUAACCCUGGAGUAUCAAGGAUGAUUUACUCCAAUCUGAAGCCAUAGCUGUUCAAUACAGAACAGUUGUCUAUUUGAGUAUCGUGUGAUGACUCAACCAGUGUUAUUCUAAACCAUUAUUGUUCAAUACUGUAUAUUGUUAAACUAGAGAUUUUGGCGUGUGAUAUUUUCUUUGUUUGAUAAUUUCAGCUGUUCGAGCUGUGGAUGUUUAUCCCAAUAUCAAACACGUCUGUGGUAUAGCAUUUAUUUGUUUGAUAUUGACUGGUAUAUGUUUAAUUAUCUAAUGCUUACGAUUUAUUUGCUCCAAGUACGUAGUAUUUUUUUUUAUUUGUAAUUAUCAUGUUAACAUUUGGAAUAACCUUGUAUGUUUAUUAUUGAUAUUAAAUCCUGUCGGGGAUUGAUAAAGUGCUCUUUAAAGAACUAGCUAUCACAUAAUAAAGGAAUCGUUAGAUUUGGUUUUUUUUCUGAUACAAAUAGUUCUUACUUAUAACGCAUUUACUGAUACGUAUCUAAGGUCAAAUAGAAUUCAAUGUAUUCUUUGAUGUCUAAAUUUAUUUCUCAAUUUGUUAGAUAGCCUUAUGGUUUUUUUAACCAUUAACCAGAGCUAAAUAUCGAGAGUAUUGACAAGGCAACAAUAGGCUUUUUAUUACAGCUUCAUUGCGUUAUUUGGAAUGCCCGCCUCAUUUUUUGUACUAUACUUCAUUUCUUUUAGAUUCAAAAGACUAUCUCGAGUUGUCGAAGGAUUUUUUUUUUUGAAAUAACACCGAUUAGAGAUUAGGGAGCAUUUCGUUGUUGAUAAAAUAAUCCGUCCAGUAUCUGUGCCACUAUGAUUUGUUAUUAUGAAGAUUAAGAACUUUGUAUGUUAGAGCAUCAAUAUGGCAAAUUCUUGUUUUAAAUUGAUAUAGAAUUUAUACUGUUUAUGAAGUCGUUGAAUCAUUUUUAUUAGCCAAAGAAACACGCCUUACUAAUUCAAAAAUAGUCUAUACCACUUAAAAACAAAAACAACAACAGAAAACAAACAAAUUUGAAAAACAAUGUGCAUGCGAUUUGUAAAACAUUUUAUCUCAAUUGUGUAUGACAUAGUCCAGUGAUCGAGGUCAGUAUUACAUACGACGAUUCAGCUUGCGUAGGAACUUGUUGAUUGCAAUAAUCACAACUAGUAUUACAGUUCAGUAGCCAGGUAUCAUUAUAAAAUAAUAUACACGUUCUAGUAUUGUUCGAUGUGAGCAAAUCGCAUUGUCCUAAUUGCUAGCCAUCUAAACAACAAGUUUACUACUAUAUCGCGGAUGAAAGUUAUAAAAGAAGAGCACGAAGUCAUAGGGCGUCAAUCUACAAAUCCACACGUUUCUUAGUUCAUAAUUUUAACGAAUCAGACUAGUUGAUUAACACUUUUAUCUAACCAAUAUCUCAAUGAGAAACAAUGACAGUAGCUUUAUAACGUGGUAGAAAAUGUAUACGCAUGGAUUAUUAGUAUUAAAAUGCAUUAUAUUAAUCAUAAAUGUUGGUCACUCAUUCCUCAUCGUGAAUAGUAUCAGCAUGUACCAUAAUUGGUGAAUUUUUAUCAAAUCAUUUGUGAUUUUUUAUCAAAUCAUUGGACAUUAAUCUACCCACACCAGACGUAUCAUACCAGGAUUUUAAUACAGACAAUGACAUGCCAAGAUUAGGCAUGCACAUAAAAUGUGUAUCGGCCUUUCAGACGGUAAACACACACAGUUUACAAUGUGUACGUUGUUAUUGACUUAAAGAACAACGGCUUCUACCUUUUCGUGGUGUUCGUUCAUGCCUUGAAUUGUUUUGUGAUGCUUAUUCUACGAUGGUGUUUUUGUGACAUUAGAGUUUUCAGGAGAAAAACUUAAUUUGGAAACAUCCAAUUUAACUUUUGAAUGAAUUCUUAUGCAUGUUUCACUUGAGUGAAAUUUGUUCAUUCUAACGUUUGUCUCGCAUGACAGUAUGCUAAGUCAAAUUCAUGUUCAUGUACAUAUGUUUAAAUUUCACAAUUUCUUUGUAAAUAUUAUAGAAUGACAUUUUAUAAUAAAGGAACUUUUUCAGUAUAUGUUUGUAGAGUUAUGGUUAGGUUGUUUACGUUCACCACAUAGGCCUUAUUAAUUAACGCUGGUUUAUAGUAUAAGCUGAUGCUAGUGUAUAGUAAAAACUUAAGAUUGAGAGACAGACUAGCAUUAGUGUUGAUUAGCAUUUCUAAUUCCUGCAAAGUCAGAACAGGUUGAACAUUGCUUUAAUAAAAAAAACUGCAUACUUCAAAUGUUAAGAAUUCAAACGUUUUGACAAUGGAUAUUUCAAAACAAUGACUUUGAGGUUAGAAUUUCAAAACGUCUAUGAAAUUGCAAUAUUUACGAUUGAGUGAUGGCACAAACGCAAUAAGCAGUAUUGACAUAAAUGUAGAUACUCCUUAAUUCUAAACAGAACAUGCUUUGGUCACGUUUAACUUUGACUAAGUUUAUUUCAUAAACAUGACUUUGUAUUUCUUAACGUUUAAUUAUCCUUUAAAUAAAUUGAUUUUCCUAACAUUUGCGAAGAAAAUCUAACAGGAGUUCCUAUUCUAAAAUUUCAUAUGAGUUUAUGAAAUGAAUAAGUAUAAGAAAAGCGCUCCAAAAGCAAAUGAUAAUUAAAUGUAUGACGAAUUCUUAGAUAUCGACGGAAAUUAAUUAAAAUGUUGUUAUCAUAUAACCAAGAUGUAUUGCAUGAAUUCGAGAAAACAUCAUUGUCACCUGAAUUCCAAUCUCUACCCAGUGGUGUGGUUCCUUACACUCACUUACACCACUGUGAAUGGCUAAAUGCCAAGAUUCUUGGCAAAGUAUUUCAAACAUCAUUUCCUAAAACAGUUGUGUCUUUCAGCAAUGUUUGAUAUAUUCAUCCGAUUAAAAAGUUCAUUUCUGCCAAAAAUGUCACCGUAAGACCAUGUUAAAUACAAACCAUUAUAUGAUAUUUGUUUGUGCCAUUGUGUAAUACAGCCUAGUAUCUACGUACGACACCUAAAUAAAAAAGCGUUGUUAACACAUGCUGGAUUCGUGAUGAGCGUUAAAGAUUAUAUUUAAAAUAUACCUUUCAAGAUGAAAUAGUCCAUAUUGGCUAUUGCCAUGAUAGUGUACGGUUUGACGGCCCAUGACCAACUAUAACAUGAUCAGAGGCCAAUUAUAAUGCAGAUCAUAUUUGAGCCGUUGACAGAGGUGUAAAUGAAAGAGUGUUAGGAACGGCAACUUUUGGGUAGAGAUUGCUGACAUGGUUGUGUCAUGAUCACUGUUUUUUCUCUGUGUUUAUGUUGUCAUAUGAAAUUGUUCAUGUUUCGUUUGAUAAAGAGGGAGAUUGCCCAA